AUGGAUCAUGACUGCGUGCCCGCCAUGUACGCUGAAGAAUUGAACAGGCAUGUGUACAAGAAGGCCUGUGAAGCUUGGGCUGCACAGCAUUUGUCGCUGAUGGUUAUGCACACAUUACACCCUAAAUCACUAGGAUACUAUGCCAGCUUUAUUGCGUGCAUGGCGUGUGUGCUGAGAGAGUCGAGAUCCCGCUGCUUUACUGCAUCACUCAAAAAAAAAACUGAAGCACACUACUUGAAGAUAUUCGAUGAGCUGAAGGCCAACAUCGAAAGCGGCUGUAACAGCUGCUUGAAAACCUUCCCGAGGGCCUCAAGUGGAGGCUUGUGCUUUCACCUCGCUCAAGAGUGGAAUCGCAAAAGGGAUCAGCUUGGCCUGAGGAAGUACAAUGCAAGGAUUCGAAAAGAUGAACGCGUUGCUGAAUGUGAGCAGCAAAUCAAAGGUGUUGUGUUUCUACCCGUUCAUUACUGCGGCAAAGUUGGGCUCUUCGAAGACCGCCGUUCCAGUGGAGGGUCCAUGAAAAAUGUGCAGAAUUUCUCAGCUAUCUUUCUACAAAUGGCUCCGAGCCCUUUAAGGAUAUGUGGUGCAAAUGGAAAACGGCUCGGAAUCCUCAUGGGAGUACACCAUCCUCCGUUGAGUUGCCUUAUCGAAGGUCUUCGAAAACUCAAUUAUGAAGCGCGCGCAACCCUCAAACGCCUUGAAGAGGAUCCAACCAUGCCAGAAUGCUGCAAAGGCGUGAUCAGAAAGAAGGAUCGCAAUAGCCGAAGAAAUGAGAAACGUGAAAGUUCGGCCUAG